AUGAACAUUGCUACUGGGUACCGCGCCAACUUCGGCCCCCCGGUCAAGCCCCGCAUUCCCUUCACUGGCCGUGGCGAUAUCUCUAUCAAAGAGGUUAAGAAAUACCUGACUACCAAGUACGUUGUUUCGUUCCUUUGUGACCCCUGCGCCGUUAAGGAGGGUGCUAAGGACUAUCCUAAGCUUAAGGAUAUCGCUACCGCUAUUUCUGACACCGAGUGA